UUCCAAGAGAGAGGCGAUUUGAUCGAAGAGAGGGAGGUGGAGGCGGGACAAAGGAGUGGGAGGAACGUGUCGGCCACUGGGUGAUCUUUGGUCGCGGCGGGGAUUUUGGAGGGACUUCGCUUUGCUGGUCUCGUCGCGUUGCGGGGAUAUUAGAGGGAGAAAGCGAGAGGGAAGAGCGAGGGACUUCGAGCGGGAGGAAGGGGAGGACGGAGCGGGACGAAGGAGUGUUCAAAAGGACAGAGUAGGGAGUUCCUUUUUUUUUCAGAGAAAAAUGGCGUUCGAGGUGUUGAAGGGAGAGGAGAGGGAAUGGCCGGCCUAUUUGGAUGAGUACGAGAAGCUCGUCAUCCGGAUGAACACUCCUAGGGUGGUCAUUGACAAUGCCGUCUGCCCCACUGCGACGCUGGUCCAGGUCGACAGCGCGAGAAAGCACGGCAUUCUCCUGGAGGCCGUCCAGGUCCUCACCGACCUCGAGCUGUCCAUUAAGAAGGCUUAUGUCUCCUUUGACGGCCGCUGGUUCAUGGACGUCUUCCACGUUACCGACAAGUUCGGCUGCAAGCUCACCGACGACAGCGUCCUCUCCUAUAUCGAACAGUCUUUGGCGACGGGGAGCGCCACUAGGUCCUCCGGCAGCUGUGGCGGCGACGGCGUAACGGUGCUGGAGCUCACCGGGGCGGAUCGGCCGGGACUCCUCUCGGAGGUCUUCGCGGUGCUCGCCGACCUCCAGUGCGGGGUGGUGGAGGCGAAGGUUUGGACCCACAACGGCCGGAUCGCGUGCCUCCUCGUCGUCCGGGACGAGGGCUGCGGCGAGCCCAUCGAGAACUCCCUCCGGAUCCACCGCGUCGAGUCCCGCCUCCGUCACGUCCUCAAGAGCGACCACGGCGUCCGCGGCGCCAAGACCGCCGUCUCCUCCGUUGCCAUCGCCCACACCGACCGCCGCCUCCACCAGAUGAUGUUUGCCGACCGCGACUACGAGCACCCUUCCCCGUCUCCGACGGCGCAGCCGCCCUCCGUCUCCGUCCAGAACUGGAUCGAGAGAGGCUACUCCAUCGUCACCGUCCAGUGCCGGGACCGCCCCAAGCUAGUGUUCGACAUUGUUUGCACGCUUACAGACAUGGAGUACGUGGUGUUCCAUGGAACCAUUGACACUGAUGGCGAUCGAGCUCUCCAGGAGUUCUAUAUAAGGCACAAAGAUGGGAGCCCAAUCAGUUCAGAAGCAGAGAGGCAGCGAGUGAUCCAAUGCUUGCAAGCCGCCAUUGAAAGGAGAGCAUCAGAGGGUUUGAGAGUGGAGCUGUGCACCGUGGAUCGGCCGGGGCUGCUCGCCGACAUCACUCGGACAUUCCGGGAGAAUGGGCUGUUCGUCACAAGAGCGGAAGUGUCGACGAAGGGCGACAUGGCCUCGAAUUUUUUCUAUGUGAUUGAUGCCGCCGGGAAGGCAGCAGAUCAUGAUGCAAUUGAGGCUGUCCGGCAGAGGAUCGGGACCGGCACAGGUUGCCUUAAAGUGGAGGAGGAGCGGUGGCUGCAGGUCUACUGGAAGGCGGCGAGGGCCCGGGAGGAGGCUCAGCCUCAGACUGGUGGUGGCUUAGGGCUGUUCUAUCUGGGGAAUCUAGUGAUGAGGAAUCUGUACAACUUGGGGUUGAUUAGGUCUUGCUCUUAGAUUCUAUGUUCCAUUGGUUGUGUCUUUGUAUCAUACGAUACCUUGCUUCCAAUUGGAUUUGUACAUAACACAAGGCGGGGAAGAAGGAGGUGGGUGAUAUGAAGCAAAGACAGAGAGUAUCUGAUGGUUGUUAAAUUGUCAAACAAUUCGGGUCCUAGGGAUAUUUGGUUCUGAAUGGGGAUGAGGGGCCACUGAAGUAGUGUUUUGGACAAGAGAAAAAGAACAAAAGAGAAGGAAAGAAAUGGAUUGGUUGGGGAUGGGGUCUUUGUUGCUGCUUUGGGGUUUGAAGUUUGAACGUUGCUGGUUGGGGGCAAUUUGGUGGGAGUUGGUUGGUUGUGGUCGAUUGGUGGAGUGCCAACUUUGAAAGAUUGGUGUGGUUUGUUCCUUUUUUUUCUGGUUGUUUCUCUUCUUUUGGGUGACACACCUUGUACAUAGACCAUUGAUGUUUAGUACUAAUGUUUGACUCCAUCAUUUGAUUUCAUCUUGCUCUCUUCGAGGGAACUUUA